AUGGAUACCAGCGAAGGCCCCGCCGCGGUCCAGAACAGCUACCCCUUCGCACCCCCCCCACAGCAGAAUGGUUUCUACCAGGGCCCCCCUGCCCCACCGGUCAACAUGGGCUAUCCUUACCCAACAGCAGCCGCAGGAAUGUACCCAUCUGCCCCUGCCUACAUGGCCCCUCCUCCCCCGUACCCUGGACCACCACAGAACUGGGCUGCCCCUCCCACAGCACCCCCUCCAGGUAAUGCCAAGGCAGCAGAGGCAGCAGGCAGUGCCUACUACAACCCCAGCAAUCCCCACAAUGUCUACAUGCCCAUGGAGCAGCCUCCUCCCUACGCUCCCUACCCCAGCUACCCCGAAAAGAAGGACAACUGAAGCACCAGCUCUUUGGAUUCCACUCCCCGCUCCUCCAACUCCCCCCCCCCCCACUCCCCCCCUCAUAGAUAAUAGAUAAACCGCAGCAAACCGUAACGAUGAUGAAUAUGGUUAUUAUUACUAUAUCUUACCGACUCUAGAUUUCCUGGCUGAACGGCUGGCAGUUGCCAGAAUCCUGGCAGAGUUUUUCUCAGCCUGUAGUCCUGUCUUAGUAUUUUGAAUGUUUGAAAUCAUGAAAUGGGAAAGAGGUGACUUCUAGAUUACGUGACAUAUUUUUCCACACCUCUGCUUGACUACAGUUAAUCUAGAACAUUGCAAAACUGGUAUUAUUUGGAUUUUAGCAGACGGGUCAGAGAAGUUUGGUUUUUCUCUUCUCAGUUUAAAAGGAAGGCUCUCUGUUUGAAUGUGAGACUGCCUCUUCUUAGGCAAGGGUUUCUGUCUCGAUAUUCUCCUGAAUGGUGGUCUCAGACCAGUUGAAACUUUUUACAUAGUACUGGGUAUCAUUACAUGAUCUGGAGGAGGAUCUGACCCUAGACUAGUGGUCCUAGUCUUGAGUCUAUGAGCCCUGAAACCUAUUCGGCUGAGGAGGCACAAAGGAAAAUGUCCGUUAGAGGCAAUAGACACUUCUAAUAACCACAAAAUUGUAAAUAAAAAAUGUUUAUUUACCAAAACAUUUUAUAGAAAUUAUCGCAAUUUUAAACAUUUCAAAUGCUUAUAUUGACAUUGGACGGCCGUUUCUAUUCCUAUCGUUAAAAGUAUUUUUACAUUCACCCUGCGAGUUAAGUGUCCAUGCGCUCGUCUCUGUCUGUGUAGGGAGGGUUGAACAAGGGACGGCUCGGAUUCUUCGGGACGCUAAAACGCGCCUGCCCUCGGUCAUGGCUUUUUUUCCAUUUUUAUCAGAGGGUCGCAGGGAGCAAACGCCCGAUUGAUCAGGCGAAGCGUGCGUAGUUAACGGCAGUCCGCCGUCACGUGCGCUGGUCAUACCAUCUCAAGUCAAAACUUCUGUCGAUCGAGGAAGAGAACCUCCGAAGGGGAACGCGGUCGACGGUUCUACUCGGUGAGUAAGGACCCGUGGCCUAGUCCCAGACUUGUAUUAUAUUGAUGUAUGCAGAGCCUGGCUGAAACGAGAGCCCCUUCUCUCUGUGAUUACAGCAGUGUGGGGUUACUGGGCCCAUGUCUGUCUAUCAUAGUUCUUCGGUGCUCACCUUGCAGUUAUUACUAAUUCACCCUGUGAACGCAAAAUCAUUCCUGAUUAAACUGUUCUGAAGUGACUAACAGACCAUAUAACACAUGUUGACUGUGUGCAGUGAAAUCUCUUUGCAUUUUGCACUAGUUUGUAGGAGGUUGAGGAAUGGUUGGGUUCCCGUGGGAGUUGUCAUCUGUUUGAAUUAAACAAACGUAUAUAAAAUGUCUAUUAUCUUGUGUUCGUGAACCCUUUUCCUUUUAGAGUUCCUUUUAUGUUGAUUAAAAAUUGAAGGACUUACGAAUAAAUGUUUGUGAAAAACAAAUC